AGGUGAUAACCAAGUACUGUUUCAACCCGUUUUCCUCUCUCAAUUGCGUUUCUCCGUGUAGCUGACCAUCUCGACUUGCACAGAAACAGACCUUAAGGGGUUGCGACACCACGAGAGAGAGCUUUGCGCUCGAACGGCCGUUCGCUCGUUACGAGAACCACAACACGAAUCUACACAUACACGACCGAAUGAAUACCGUCAAACACCGAAAAUGCUCACAACAACACCCUACCUCACCAUCCGGCGUCCCUCGCCCACCACCGCCGAAUUCACCCUAACCACCUGCCCGCCCUUAACCCUCCCCCUCCGAGCCGCUUUGUUCGGCGUCCUCUGCCUGCGCUUCAUCGCCGUCCUCUCCGUCAUAAUCGGCAUCUACUCGGCCUUCUUCUCCCCUCCCGCCGGCCCACCACCGCCCAUCUUCCCUUCGGGCACCGGGUACUCCCUCCUCGACUUCGACCUCAACAACUUCCUCCUCCACAUCCUGCACCUCCUCUACGUUUCCCGCCCCGGCCAAUCCCUCGCCUCCCUCGCCGUCUCCCUCCCGCCCUACGCCGUCCUCGCUCUCUCUUUCGUCACAGCAUACAUGGCCCUGUUCGCGCGGAUCCACACCACCGAAUCCCUCCUGGUCCUGCGAGGGCUGGGCAUCCAAAUGUCCAGCAGCGUCGGCGGAGGUAACUUUUUCCGCUUGGGGGGAGGAACGUUUAUGAAGAGGACGCGGUUCAUACCGACCGAAAAAAUACAGGAUAUCUUGAUCAACGAGGCGUUUAAAGGGUUUGAGGUCAGGUAUUACUUGGUGAUUGUGGUGGAGGGCGAGGAGGAUGUCGUGGUUUGCUUUCCGAGAUUGUUGCCGAGACGGAAGAUUGUUGAGAGGGUGUGGAGGGGCGCGAGAGGGUGUUUGUAUGAGAAGGAUGGACCGGUUUUGAGCGCGGGGGCCGGCGGUGGGAGUGGGAGUCAUGGUGGGAAUGGGGCGUGGAGAGGUGGGAAUGGGAAUAAUGGGAGUGGGAGAGGGGAUGAGAAGGGGGGUUAAUUUGCUCCUAUAUUAUGUGGGAGCUGGUAGGAAGCUUUGUUGCAAAGUUACUGAGAGCGGGGCGGGCGUUUUUUGUUUACUUUGGUUUAUUGCAGUGGUGUUCAAAUACCUAUAUCAUCUAUCUGCCAUUGCUAUAUACCUCUUUUUCUUGCGUAUCUGUUAUUACAUCGCAGACACCUUCCGAUC